UCGUUGCUCCUCUUGUCGUUAGACGCUUCAGUUCGUUAGUCUCCAAGGAAGUGUCGCUCUUCCAUCCGGGAAAGUGAAGACGCUGAGCAGUAAUGGCUGGUUGCAGGGAGACCUUCUUUGGCAGGCUUUAAAAACAGUUUAAAUUGCAGCAAACCAGGUCAGCACAACCAGCUGCAAAAUGUCAAAGUUGAAGAGCUCAGAAUCCGUGAAGGUGGUAGUCAGGUGCCGGCCUAUGAAUGAGAAGGAGAUUGCUGCCAGCUUCGAAAGAGUAGUCUCUGUGGAUGUGAAACUGGGUCAGGUUUCUGUGAAGAAUACUCGUGGUGCACCUAGUGAACUACCAAAGACUUUUACAUUUGAUUCAGUGUAUGACUGGAAUUCAAAGCAAUUUGAACUUUAUGAUGAAACAUUCAGGCCUCUUGUUGAUUCUGUUCUUCAAGGAUUCAAUGGUACUAUAUUUGCUUAUGGCCAAACAGGAACAGGCAAAACAUAUACAAUGGAAGGAGUGCGUAGUGACCCAGAACGAAGAGGUGUUAUACCAAAUUCCUUUGAACAUAUAUUUACACAUAUUUCCAGGUCCCAGAAUCAGCAGUAUCUUGUACGAGCAUCAUAUUUGGAAAUUUACCAAGAAGAAAUUAGAGACUUGCUUUCAAAAGAUCAGUCAAAAAGAUUGGAGUUAAAGGAAAGGCCAGAUACUGGUGUUUAUGUAAAAGACUUAUCCUCUUUUGUUACAAAAAGUGUUAAAGAGAUAGAGCAUGUUAUGAAUGUUGGCAAUCAAAACCGCUCUGUGGGAGCUACCAACAUGAAUGAGCAUAGUUCACGAUCUCAUGCUAUUUUUGUCAUCACCAUUGAGUGCAGUGAAUUGGGACUUGAUGGAGAAAAUCAUAUAAGAGUGGGAAAGUUGAACUUGGUGGAUCUUGCUGGCAGUGAACGUCAAGCUAAAACAGGAGCUCAAGGAGAAAGACUGAAAGAAGCUACCAAGAUCAAUUUAUCACUUUCUGCUUUAGGAAAUGUUAUCUCUGCACUGGUUGAUGGUAAGAGCACUCAUGUGCCUUAUCGUGAUUCUAAACUUACCCGACUACUUCAGGAUUCAUUAGGAGGCAAUGCAAAAACAGUCAUGGUGGCCAACAUUGGUCCAGCUUCUUACAACAUUGAGGAGACUCUAACAACCUUGCGCUAUGCAAACAGAGCUAAAAAUAUCAAAAAUAAACCUAGAGUAAAUGAAGAUCCAAAGGAUGCUCUUCUUCGGGAAUUCCAAGAAGAGAUUGCUCGGCUGAAAGCCCAGCUAGAAAGGCGUUCAGGAAAAAGAAGGAAAAAAGCUCGGAGGAAGCAUGUAGGUGAAGGUGGAGAGGAGCUUGAUGAAGAUGAGGAUGAGGAUGAUGUAGAUGACAAAGAUGACUCUGACUACUGGAGGGAACAACAAGACAAACUGGAAAAAGAGAAGAAGGCAAUUUUAGAAGACCACAGCCUAGUAGCAGAUGAGAAACAAAAACUUCUCAAAGAAAAAGAGAGAAAAAUGGAAGACUUGAAAAGAGAACGAGAAGCCAGUGAGAUGUUGGCAGCUAAAGUAAAGGCUAUGGAAAGUAAGCUGCUUGUUGGAGGUAAAAAUAUUGUUGAUCAUACAAAUGAACAACAGAAAAUACUGGAGCAAAAACGACAUGAAAUUGCAGAGCAGAAAAGAAGAGAGAGAGAGAUGCAACAGCAGAUGGAAAGUCGUGACGAAGAGACUCUGGAAUUGAAGGAAACAUAUAGUUCACUUCAACAAGAAGUAGACAUUAAGACAAAGAAACUGAAAAAGUUGUUUGCGAAGCUCCAGGCAGUAAAGGCUGAGAUCCAAGAUGUACAAGAAGACCACAUAAAAGAGAGGCAAGAACUAGAACAGACGCAGAAUGAACUCACGAGGGAUCUCAAACUCAAGCACCUAAUUAUUGAAAACUUUAUUCCAACGGAAGAGAAAAAUAAGAUUAUGAACCGAGCUUAUUUUGAUGAGGAAGAAGAUCAAUGGAAACUGCACCCCAUCACUCGUAUUGAGGACAAUCAGAAGAUGAUGACUAGGCCAGUGUCUGCUGUGGGUUACAAGAGACCACUAAGCCAACAUGCAAGAAUGUCCAUGAUGAUGCGACCAGAAGCAAGAUACAGGGCAGAGAAUAUCCUAUUGCUGGAACUUGAUAUGCCUAGUCGGACUACCAGAGAGUAUGAGGGGCCAACAAUUGCUCCUAAGGUAGCAGCAGCCCUGGAAGCUGCUCUUCAGGAUGAAGAUGAAAUUCAAGUGGAUGCAUCCACCUUUGAAAGUGCUGGCAGCAAAAAGACAAAGUCCAGACCUAAAACUGGAAGGAAAUCUGCCACACCUAUUUCCUCUGUGUCAUCAAGCAGCUCAGGUUCUUCAUUAUACCCCCAAUCACGUGGCCUUGUUCCCAAGUAAAUCUCCAUGAUGGCUUUAUGGAACAAUUGGAUAUUACCCAGGCAGGACAAGAAUAAAAUUGUUUGCUGCUAUGAAGGGUUUUCUUUUUAAAAAAUACAAAUAAUGGGUAGCAACUAUACCAAACUGAAUUUGAUUAAUAUUCAUCGUUUGUAUUAUAACUUAUAUUAAUCUACCUUCCAUGCUUCAUUGUCACUGGAUGCUGAAAAAAAUUAAUACCCCAUUAAUUGAAAAACCUGAUUUCUGAUAAUCCAGGCACCAAUGGACAACACCUCCUGGACUGUUAUCUGAUUUAAUAAAUGCCCAUUGUGAAGUUAUUUACUGAAACAUUAAGUAUAUACUUUUUCAAAUUAUUUUUUGCUUUUCAAUAUUGAGGCUGCACUUCUUUGCAAUAUCCCUGCAUUGAUCCUAAGGAGCACGGUGAGAAUGCUUUUCAGAAGAGCUACUUGGUGAAGUGCUGUAGCUCUUGCUGGACUCACUGUGAUCACAUUUAUUAUUCUGAUAGCCAUAGUAAAUAUUAGAAAGUACUUUCCAUUCAUUAAGGUAGGCUAUUUUAUUAUCUGUUUUGCACUCUCUGUGUAUAGCUUACACAUUUUCUUUUGAAAACCAGAAUGUUUGUUUUGACUGUAGUAUCAAUGGAAAUGAAGAUCUGGUUCCACACCAAUUCAUUUUUACUUAAUCUUCUUAGAAGGGGGCAUAGUUUAACAUUUCUAACUUGAGAAAAUGCAACUGAUUGCUAUUAUAUUGACAAAUGCAGAUGCUUUCAUUUUGACUAGUUUUAUAGCUCAUCAUUGAUACUUUGCACUGAAAGAAAAACGUCAAGUCUUUCCAUGAAUAUUUCUGCUGACAUUUUGUUAACCUUUUAUGAGAGACUUUUUGUAGCAUUCUGAACGCAUUCAUUUUGAGCACUUUCUGGAGAAACAUGGCAAUAAAGGAUUACAUUGGGUACAUUUGCAAGGCUUGAACUACUAGUACACUUUUAUGUAAGGAAACAGAAUUUCAGGAUCAUCGUAAAUAAUGUAUAGGUGUACAAGAAAUAACAGAACACAUUAACUUGUUUUUUAAUUUAAAACUGAAAUGCUUUCAAAUAUCCUUACCCAUUAUCCCUUCCUUUUUAUGAUACAGUUAACAGACACCUGGUGCCUUAAAAUAGCUGCGGUUUCACAAGACUUUUAAAAACAGCAGAUAGAAUGUGGAGGAAAACCAACACUGUUCAUCAUUUAGUAGUUUAAACAUACAAUGCAAAUCUUAUAUGAAAAUGCUUCUCCUUAAAUUUCUGAGCAAUUUAUAGUUUACCUGUAUUUGUCAAUCGUAAAUCUGUUGCUUCUUUUUAUUACUGCCCUCAUCUGUGAAUAGUGCCAUUGCUUGCUGCUAAUUAUGUGAAUUUUUCAUAUAAUUUAACAGAUGAUCAUACAUUAUAUAUGUAUAGUUGGAAUAGAUACCUCUUUUUGAACAUAUGUUCAUAGCAACAUGAAAAAUGAAUCUUGAUCUGAACAUUGUAGAUUUUUAAGGGUUCUAACUUAUUAGAUAAUACAGUUUUUAUUAAAGUCUUGUACUUAAUAUGUUGUUUACUACACAGAUCAGUUUUUAAGAAUGUAACUUUUUAAAAACAAUUUCUGUAUUUGUUUGUUUUAGUUAACUUUUUUCUUUUAAAGUAUUUUUUUCUGAUUAAUUGUAAUUGUAAGUGGUCAGAAAAAAGAGGCUAUCGUUUUGAUGAAAUUAGCAUUUAUGUUUAUUAUAAACCUUUAUGAAAAAUAUUUAAGUGUGACUGCCCUGUAGUGCACAGUAAAUGUCGAAAUGCUGUCAUAAUACAUUGGCGCCUAGUUCUUGUAUGAUACAAUUUUUUUCUUAGAAUGGAUAGGACUUCUUCAGUGUUUCAGCAUCUUAUUGGGUCUUUAGCUGCUACUCCACUGUGUUGUCUACUUAAUUCUAGAUAUGGUGUACUCAACUAUAUCACAGUGAUUGAGCUGUAUUCACUUUUCAGUCCGCAAGUGUACAUAUAUUGUUUGAGGUUUGUUAAAGAUGGUGCAUGUCUACUUCAACUCCAGUCCUGUGUGUUAAUUCUAGACUAGGAAGAUCAUUAAAAACUGUUUAAAAGUUUAAUGUGAAUUAUAAAAACCAUUUAACACCAACCCUGUAAAUGAAAUUAUUCCAAUCCAUUGUUGUUUAGCAUCUUUUAAAGCAUGAGACUAAAAUGUUUUGAAAAUGUAUUAAAUAUAUACAAAACUCAUGUACCAAAUUGCCACAUCACUUUUCAAAAGUUGUUUAUAUUCAGGUCCAAGUAAAUCUACUUAUAUAAUAAUUACUGUUUUUUAAGGACUGCUUAAGAUAAUUUUAUUAAAAAUCUUGACCAUGUAA